GCUCUGUCUGUCUGCCUCUGAGCCUGCUGGGAGCUGGGGAGGGGGGGAGAGAAGAAACCGUCGAGGGAGAGCGAGCCAGGGGGGGUGAAAGCGUGCGCGUUUCUUUUCUUUUUUUAUUUUUACGCUGGUCUCGAACUGGAAAUCCUAAAAAUCAGAGAAGAGGAACGACCGGAGUCGACUUCCGAGCGCUUCUACGGCUUUUUGGCACCACUUCUGCAAGAACCCGCGGAGACCCUGAAACUUGCGUGAUAGUUUGCUCCUUCUUCUUCUCCUUCUUGUUCGGUGCUGGCGGCAGCAGUAGGUGCUGUUGCGCCGCGCCGACUGCUCCGAUAGUAGUUGGGAGAGGAGGUGUGCGGAGGGGUUGGGGGGGGGUUCAUUGGCUGGAGCAGGAUUGCGCAUUGGCCCUGCUGCGUGUAUCCGCCGCUUAUCCAGAGGGAAGAGGAACAAUGAAGUACUAAACGUCUCCCCCCUCCUUGGCUCCAAGUCUUCUUGUCGCACAGUUGAAUCCUGUUGCAGUCGUUUUCGCGUCGCGCGUCUUCCUUCUCCUCCUUCUUCUUCCUCCACCUCCUCCGCGUCCGUCCGUUUUUCUCGUCCUGUGUGGGAUGCGUCGGCUGCUGUAGGACCCCCCUCCCUCUCCCUCUCCUUCUUGUUGACAAACAGUUUUUUUUUUCCUCCCCCGAGAAGUUUACAGAAAGGGGAGAUAGAAAAUGUCUACGCCGAGGUUUAAAAAGGAUAAAGAAAUCAUCGCGGAGUACGAGAGCCAAGUCAAAGAGAUCAGGGCCCAGUUGGUGGAGCAGCAGAAAUGUCUGGACCAGCAGACAGAAAUGCGGGUCCAGCUCCUGCAGGACCUUCAGGACUUCUUCAGGAAGAAGUCGGAGAUUGAGAUGGAGUACUCCAGAAACCUGGAGAAACUGGCCGAACGCUUCAUGGCGAAGACGCGCAGCACCAAGGAUCACCAGCAGUACAAGAAAGACCAGAAUCUGCUUUCACCGGUCAACUGUUGGUACCUGCUGCUGAACCAGGUGAGGAGGGAGAGUAAGGACCAUGCAACACUGAGCGACAUCUACCUCAACAACGUCAUCAUGAGGUUCAUGCAGAUCAGCGACGAUUCCACGCGGCUACUCAAGAAGAGCAAGGAAAUAGCAUUUCAGCUCCAGGAAGACUUAAUGAAAGUCCUAAAUGAGCUAUACACAGUGAUGAAGACCUACCACAUGUACCACUCGGAGAGCAUCAGCGCAGAGAGCAAGCUGAAGGAGGCCGAGAAGCAGGAGGAGAAGCAGAUCGGCCGGGCCGAUCCUGUCUUCAGCAUCAGAAUGGAGGACAAAUACCAGAGACGCAGCUCUGUGAAGAAGAUUGAGAAGAUGAAAGAGAAGCGUCAGGCCAAGUACUCCGAGAACAAGCUGAAGUCGAUCAAAGCGCGGAACGAGUACCUGCUGACGCUGGAAGCCACAAACUCGUCCGUUUUCAAGUAUUACAUCCACGACUUGUCCGACUUAAUUGACUGCUGUGAUUUGGGGUACCAUGCCAGUCUCAAUCGGGCCCUUCGGACUUACCUGUCGGCGGAGUACAACCUGGAGACGUCGCGCCACGAAGGUCUGGACAUCAUCGAAAACGCAGUGGACAGCCUGGACCCGCGGAGCGACAGGCAGAGGUUCAUGGAGAUGUACCCCACCGCAUUCUGCCCACCAGCAAAAUUUGACUUCCAGCCUCACAUGGGAGACGAAGUGUGUCAGAUCUCGGUGCAGCCACCAGUGAACGGGGAGCUCAUCCUGAGGUUCCAGCAGCUGCAGUCUCGCCUGGCGACUCUGAAAAUUGAAAACGAAGAGAUCAAGAAGACGUCAGAGGCCACCCUGACCACCAUCCAGGACAUGGUGACCAUUGAGGACUACGACGUGUCCGAGUGUUUCCACCACAGCCGGUCGACCGAGUCCGUCAAGUCCACCGUGUCGGAGACGUACCUCAGCAAACCCAGCAUCGCCAAGAGGAGGGCCAACCAGCAAGAGACGGAGCAGUUCUACUUCAUGAAAUUCCGGGAGUUUCUGGAGGGCAGUAAUCUCAUCUCCAAACUGCAGGCCAAACACGACCUGCUGAAGAGGACACUCGGCGAAGGCCACAGAGCCGACUACAUGACCACAAGACAUCCCAACGGGCCGUUCAGAACCCACACUGGCACUCGGCGGGCUAGACCCCGCUCUGUUUUUAAUGUUAGGUUAUUUAAUGGCAAUUUGGAGUCAUUUAUCAAGGACUCUGGACAAGCUAUCCCCCGCGUGGUUGAAAGCUGUAUUCGCUACAUAAAUCUGUACGGCCUCCAACAUCAAGGGAUAUUCCGUGUUUCUGGGUCCCAGCUGGAAGUCAAUGACAUAAAGAACUCAUUUGAGAGAGGAAACGACCCCCUGACGGACGACGAGAACAAUCACGACAUCAACUCGGUGGCCGGCGUUCUCAAACUGUACUUCCGCGGUCUGGAGAACCCUCUUUUCCCCAAGGAGAGGUUCAAUGAUCUGCUCUCCUGCAUCAGAAUAGAAAACCUGUACGAGAGGGCGCUGUACAUCCGUAAGAUCCUCCUGACGAUUCCCAGAUCGGUCCUGGUCGUGAUGCGCUACCUCUUCGCCUUCCUCAACCAUCUGUCUCAAUACAGUGAUGAGAACAUGAUGGACCCAUACAACCUGGCCAUAUGUUUCGGUCCCACGCUCAUGCCGACGCCAGACAGCCAGGACCAGGUGUCCUGCCAGGCCCACGUCAACGAGAUCGUCAAGACCAUCAUCAUCCACCACGAGACCAUCUUCCCUGAUGCCAAAGAACUGGAUGGGCCCCUCUACGAGAAGUGCAUGGCGGGUGGAGACUACUGUGAGAGCCCUUACAGUGAGCACGGAGCCCUGGAGGAGGUGGACAAUGAGGGAGGAACAGAGACGCACACCAGCGAGGAUGAGGGCGAGCCGAUUGAAGCCAUUGCCAAGUUCGACUACGUCGGGCGCUCCUCUCGAGAGUUGUCCUUCAAGAAGGGCGCGUCCCUGCUGCUGUACCAGCGGGCGUCCGAGGACUGGUGGGAGGGACGGCACAACGGCAUCGACGGCCUGGUGCCGCACCAGUACAUCGUAGUCCAAGACAUAGAUGACAACUUCUCAGACACUCUGAGUCAGAAGGCUGACAGCGAGGCCAGCAGCGGCCACGCCGGGGAGGAUAAAUGCUCCGGAAAAGACAUCGGCUCGCCCACUGACACCCGGAUCUCUGAGGCCUACAUCACCAGCAGGCACAGGAAAAGAUCAGACCCGCCAACUCGACGGCCUCCUGCCCGCCCCACCGACGUGCACUGCAUGGUGCACACCUCCCAGCAAGGUCACGGCGGACACGGCGGGACCCCCGAGAUGGGCUCCCCGGUCCUGGGCCACUUCAGCCCGCGAGACAUGCUGCGCGGCCGCAACCACAUGCCCAUGGACAGCCCCGAGCGCCGCCGCCGCACGGGCCACGGCAGCCUCACCAACAUCAGCCGCCACGAGUCCCUGAAGAAGAUGGAGAGCCCCCCGAUCCGCCGCUCCACCUCGUCGGGCCAGUACACGGGCUUCGCCGACCCCCACCCCCACCACCACCACCACCACCACCACCACCACGGCGGCAAGCCCCUGGACCCGGAGACCAUCGCACAGGACAUAGAAGAAACCAUGAACACGGCCCUGAACGAGCUGCGCGAGCUGGAGCGCCAGAGCUCGGCCAAGCACGCCCCCGACGUGGUGCUGGACACCCUGGAGCAGCGGCAGACCUCCGGCGGCAGCGUCGGGGGCCCCACGCCCGCCAGCUCCAGCGAGUCCCUCAGCCCCAUCCACGGCGUCAUGCUGAGGUCCACCGCCAACACCGAGCCUCCCAUCCGCCGCAGCGCCAGCUCCUCCAGCGACACCAUGAGCACCUUCAAGCCCGCGGUGGCGCCGCGCAUGGGGGUGCAGCUCAAGCCGCCCGCUUUGAGGCCCAAGCCCAUGGUCCUGCCAAAGUCUAGCCAGGCCCCACAGCCUCCUGCUGCUACGUCCCCUCAGGACCCUUUGGACAAAUCCUGCACCAUGUAACCUCUGGGACAGCAAUCAGAGAAAUCCAAUUCCAGGAGCCAGGAAAAUCUACACUUCAUAAGCCGAUAACUAAGAGGGUGUAAAAUACUCGGAUAUGGACAGGAAAACAGGAGGACUCUUAACGAGAUCUCGGCGACCGACGUAUGAGUUUCAGUGUAGGCGGAUUAGCCGGGGGCAGACGAGUCUUCUGUCUCAGUACCAUGUGUGGGUUUAUGUGGUUAUUAUUAUCUAACGUAUAUCUUUUUAAGAAUAAAUACAAACAACAAAUCACAAAGGCUUCCUCGAAAGUUUUAGAAAGCGUACACGUUAGUUAGUUUAGUUUACAGACAUUAACGAACGGUGCAGCUGUGAACAAACCACGGUGCACGCGGCUCUUCUGUUUACCACUCGACCUGAAGCGGAGCUCGAUGACAACUGUAGUGGCCACAGUGGCAAGAGCUAGAAGAUGUUUUUUGCAUUGUUGUUGUUUUGUUUUUGUUUUUAUUAUUAUUAUUAUUAUUAUUAUUAUUAUUAUUUUUACCCAGGAGGGCUCUUGGAAGUGUUGCGUUCAGAGGCCCUACUGAGAUUAAGAUGUAACCGAUUUCAGUUGUUCAAUAUUCUUAAGGUGCUGUGACUACCUGGACAGAAGUGGUUCUGAGGUUGGACUGAUAAAGGGCCCGAAGAGUCCUAAACAGCUUAUUUAUUAACGGUACUCUGUUAAUAAAUUAAUAGUACUGACACCAGUAUGCUUUCCCCCCCCUCCCCACUAGCAUGUAAACUGCAGCCUUCUUUAGCGAAUCAUACCAUCAGUUGUGUUUCAGAUACAUGAAGAAGUGCAAAGGAUUGCCUCUGUGCUGGCUUCUCUCACAUUGCCUGGAAUAAGAUAUGAGAUUUGGAUAAAACCACUACUUCGUUGUGAACUUCUUUUAAGACAUUUCAAUGCAUUCUCAGAGUCCUGCGUCGCCGCCUUGUGAAGCAGGUCGAUCUAAUAUGCCCUAAUGCUUUAGCAUCCAUGUGACCGAUGAGAAGAGAAGUGUGGAAAAAUGACGGUAUGGACCACAUGCCAUAGCUUAUUUUAUGCCUUGCUUUUAGCUUUAUCUACCCAAAGAUAUGAGUGUAUAAGUUAAAGCAUGGAUGUUGAUAUUUCACGUUGACUGAUGUGUAUAGACUCAAGGCGGCGCCCCCUUGGGAGCGCUGCCGGUAGCCAUGGACCUAAUGACUGUUAGUGUAAAAGCCUCCGUAAAUGUUCAUCCCGCUUCCUGCGCUUCUCUUCGUGAAUGUCUCUCCGGUGUGUUUUGCGUACAGGUGAGAAUGUCUCUAAUGUUUUUUUGUAUUGCUCUCGGACUGACACUGGGGCUCAGUGGUAUGUGUGGAUGAUACUUGAUGCUAACAACAAAAAAAAAAAGAAAAGAAAAAGACACAUGAUGUGUGGAACGCGGGGAGGUCGCUAUAGGUCAGUCAGCUCCGAAGUAAUAAUUUCAAAAUGCAAUAGCCUCAUGAAAUCUGUAUGUGCCAGAGCUCCAGUUUUGUGACUGCGCCCCUGUUCGUGUCCUUUUUAACACCUGUACUGUAGAAAUAACAGAGCUGGGUGCAUGUACUUGGAAUGUUUUGGCUAGCAUAACUACAUCUCGACAAGACUUGGUUUGCAAUGAAUAAGCAAUGCUCUCUAACCACAGGUUUACACUAUCUUUGACUUGACAAACAAUGUGUGUAUAAUAAUCAAAAGUUAAUUAAUUACUAACUUUCAUUAUUUUUAUAAUAAUUUUUUUUUUUUUUUUUUGUUAUGUUUCUGGGAAGAAAUCGGAACAUGUGAUGUAGAAUUAAUAUCCAGAGAUAUACGUGUCUCGCCUACAGUAAGAAGCCAGUUGUAUAAAAGUGUGUGCUUUUGUCACGAUGUAACAUCAUCAACAGUAGGACUCAGUUAUGCCGUCUCCAGGCUUUAAGCUACUCUGUGGUGUUAUGUACAUCUGUAGUAUCUCCUUGUGAAAGUGCCUUUGAAAAUGUUUUAGAGGAACUUCAGACAUUCUGUCCUGUCACAUUUUCAUAUUAGAUGCCGUGUUUUUGAGAAAAUGCAGUGCAGGCAGAAGACGUGUAUAAGAAAUAAUGCCAUUUUCCAAACAGUUAUAUGGCAAAAUUAAUAAUAAAUAAACAGCUUACUCAUUGUGACAUUGCACUUUUAUGUAUAUAACUGUAUAUAUGGCAUGUAACAUCAUAACGCUUAGAGUUCUUUCCUUCAAGGAGUUCUUUCUAAUAAAGGAGAUAGUUUGUCGAGA